CGGAAAUUGAGUGAGUGACGGAAACCACCGUGGGUCAAAAAACCAGGGGGCAAAACACCCAGCAAGCAGGGACUGAAAACUCGUAGUUAGAGGCAGCAGAGCUAUGGAAGACGACGCGCCGGUGAUUUAUGGGCUGGAGUUCCAGUUGACUUGUGUCCCAGCCGCCUGCGGAGGGUUCAGGAUUGAGAGUACGGUCGGGGGUAGAAAGGCACGUGCUUUGACACCUCAGACAGCAGAGACGGAUGCAAUACGAUUUUUGGUUGGGACGCAGUCUCUGAAAUAUGAUAACCAGAUUCACAUCAUAGAUUUUGAUGAUGAAAAUAACAUUAUAAACAAAAAUGUUCUCCUCCAUCAAGUGGGUGAAAUUUGGCAAAUCAGUGCCAGUCCUGCAGAUAAAGGUGUGCUGGCAACCUGCUACAAUAGAACUUCAGACAGUAAAGUCAUGACAUGUGCGGCUGUUUGGAGGAUGCCGAAGGAAUUGGAAUCAGGCAGUCAUGAAUCCCCUGAUGAUUCAUCAAGCAACACUCAAACCCUGGAGCUACUCUGUCACCUUGACAACACAGCCCAUGGCAAUAUGGCCUGUGUUAUGUGGGAGCCAAUGGGAGAUGGUAAAAAGCUUAUUUCACUGGCUGAUAAUCACUUAUUAUUGUGGGAUUUGCAAGAAAGCUCAAGCAAGGCAGUGCUCUCUAAUUCUGCUGCAUUGGAAGGGAAAGGGCAGUUAAAAUUUACUUCUGGACGAUGGAGCCCACAUCACAAUUGCACACAAGUUGCAACAGCCAAUGACACUACUAUUCGAGGAUGGGAUACACGAAGCAUGAGACAGAUAUAUUGCAUAGAAAAUGCACAUGGACAGCUGGUACGGGACCUAGAUUUUAAUCCCAAUAAACAGUACUACCUGGCUAGUUGUGGCGAUGACUGCAAGGUGAAAUUCUGGGACACUAGGAACAUCAAUGAGCCAGUGAAGACACUAGAGGAGCAUUCCCACUGGGUAUGGAAUGUCCGCUACAAUCACUCUCAUGAUCAGUUAGUCCUUACUGGCAGCAGUGAUAGCAGAGUCAUAUUGUCUAACAUGGUAUCAAUUUCUUCCGAACCCUUUGGACACCUGGUAGAUGAUGAUGAACUUAGCGACCAAGAGGACCACCAUCAGGAAGAGAAGACUAAAGAGCCCCUUCAAGACAGCAUAAUAGCUACUUACGAAGAACAUGAAGACAGUGUAUAUGCGGUGGAAUGGUCCUCAGCAGACCCAUGGCUGUUUGCCUCUUUAAGUUAUGAUGGGAGACUUGUUAUUAACAGAGUACCCAGAGCACUUAAAUAUCAUAUAUUGUUAUAAUUUGUGUGGAUUAUCGUUAAUUAUUAAUUUGGCAUUCGUUUCAAAAGGUUUGACAUUUGUUGUUGAUUGUUCAGUUUUAGGAAUUUAGUACUCUUUUGAAAGCGAACAUUUAAAUUUUUUUUUUUAAUGUUUGGAACAGCGGUGAUAUAUUUUCCUCAAGUUGUGCUACUGUUUGUUUUUUUUAAAUAUAAUAAGUUUAAUAAGGAAAUUGUUAACAGUUGAUUGUUAUUAAAAGAUAUUGUUUUUGAUGCAUGGAGCUUUCUAUACCAUUGCUUUAUUUCAGUCUUACACCUGAUUUCAGUGGAGUUUCUCAUGAACCCACAUAACUGGACUGAAGAACCAGUGCAUAAGGCCAAAGGGGUCUGUUUAUUUAUAAGAAUGUUUAAACUUUCUUCUUUUUUACAUAAGCAGCCUUGUAUUCUUAACUUGGACCACAUUCUGUUAACUAUUCUGGCUGAUUCUUUAACGAUCAUAAAUACAGCUGGGAGAGGUCUAAAAAGCUUUCUGAAUUUAUUCCAUUUUAAAUCAUUCUUCUUCCUUCUCUAUGUAUCCUACCAAAAAUGUUAAGGCUGAGGGUGAAGUCAUGCAGACAGCUACAAUCUAUUACUUCCUUUUCAUUCAGAUUGCUAGUACAAAAAGCCCUAUGAAAAAUAUUUUGCAGCUGAAUCCAAUAGAAACGUGAACAGCGUACCACACUGUAACUUGUUAAUUAAAUAUACUGUUAUAUAAUA